AUGGAUGCCAGAAUAUAUGAGAUAAUCAAGAAGAACGACGAUCUAGAGGAGCAAAUCAAGAAGAUAUUGGGCGCUGUAAAGCCACUGGAUGUUUCGGAGGUGAUGGCAUACUUGAUGAAGAAAACGAUGGAUGUGUUCAGAACAGAUCCCUCUGUCCACUGCUACCUGCUUGGCAGAGUACCGUUGGAACUCAUUACAAGAUUUGCUCCUGGUCUUCUGUCCUUCUACUUCUGUCUUCUCAGGGACCAGAAGACCAAGGGCAUGGUAAGGAAUGCGGCCCUGGACUCUGUCAAGCAUGUGUUGGAGUCGGUAUCCGAGCUGGAUGAUACCUCGGAGGCGAAGAUACAUGAGUUUUUCCGGUUCUAUGGGGGGCUGGGUGUUGAAGAGAUCUACAUUAUAUGUGCACGGAGGUUCAGGACGUCCAGAAAGGUGUUUUUUAUUUCUGAGCUUCUUGUGCUUGGACACCAGCUAGAGGAUGAUGACUACAGCGCAGUGAACGACAAGAUCGAAGAGGUGUUUUCUCCGGGGCUAGUUAGAAGGCUUUUAGACAGAGGCAAAUACAGAAACAACGAGGAGGUGUUUGACAAGCUUGUCCGAAUGUAUGGGGAAGGAGAGGACGUGGCAGACAUAAUCUCUCGAAUCCAGGAGAGAUAUGACGUCAAGAAUGCAGUGCUGGAGCUGUGUGUGGUAAACGAGGAAACAACAAGACAGGUUCUUCAAACAAACGAUCUGGAAAAGAUCGAAAGGUUUUUUAGAAAUGCAGUUGAUGUCCCGUUGCACAUCGAUGUGAUAGGAAAAUACCUGGAGCUAUGUGAAUCUCCAAGACAGAUUCUUGGGUGCAGGAUCUCCAAAAGGCUUGACAUCCGGAAGAUUAUAUCUGAAGACUACGACGAGUUUCUUGAAUACGCCUUCAACAGACUGGCCUUGAAUCCCAGGAUACUGAUCAAUCUUGUGGGAAUUGAAUUCAGGCCAAAGAUGGAGGACUUCAUUCUUCAAUUGAUUGAGUUUGUCAGUGGAUGCUCUGAUGUAGAGAAGCUGGGACUGUACCUGCGCUUUGUGAAGAUUGUUGUUGAGAAAAACUGCCUUCGGAGGUCGAUUCUCAAGAGAAUAUUUGAGGGCCUAGUGUACUUGGACAAUGAAGACUGUAGAAUCAGAUGCAUGAAGUAUGAAAUACUUGGCGAGCUGUUUGGACAGUACGCCUUGAUGGACAAGGCCAUCGAACAUGCAGCACGCUUGGAUGGCUCGGAUAAAGAACACGGCACGGAAUGCAAGUGCCUGGGCUCUAGAGACAUCCUUGAAAGAGUUGACACAAGAAGCCUGGACGAAGACAAUGCAAAUGUGCUUGCAGCCAUCAUGUGGGACGAGCUGAUCAUGACACCUGCUGAGGGGGAGCUUAUGGCGAUCUCCAUCCUCCUUAGAAGGAUAAUUGACAGCACAGGGAUGUUCUAUGGGAACAGGGUCUCCAAGUCAAGCUUUGUUCUCCAUCUUAUAGACCGACAUGGAAUAGCCAGAUUCAACGAGACCCGGAGAAGGAUGACGGACGAGUUUUUCCGUCUGCUUGGAAGCAUGGCGAAGCUUAGCCUCUCAAAGAACCUCCUCGAAAAGAUGUUUCUGAUUUCCUUGGACUACUUCUACAUCUUCGAUGUCGAUGAUUUGAUUCGAGCCAUCAUAGAAAAUGACAGGUAUCACUGCCUGUUCAUUCUUUACAACCUAACCAGAAGUAGGGAAAAGAUGCUGUCUAAGAAGCUCCUGGAGUUCCUGAAGAAAAGUCUGAGGGAAGCCCAAAGGCCAUGA